AUGACCACGUUAGAGAGAAGGCUGGGACUGAUCGGUGAGCGGUUUGAAGAGUUGGAUAAGGCGGCUCAGGCACUAACCGAGAAGUUAGACCGCCAUAAACAGCUACUCGGUCAGCAGGAUCGACAAGACAAGGUGUGGGCUUUUCUACUGAGUCAAAGUCUGUCAACUCAGGAGUCCCAGCUAUUGUUUGGGUAUGUGGUCGAUGCCCUUAAGUGCUGCCAUACCUGCGUGCUGGAGAAGGUUCCAGAACUUGCUUCUGGUAUGCCCACUUUGGCAUCAGUGUUGCGCCGGCGAGGGAGGAAUCGGAGAGUAGAGUUGGCAUGGCAACGAGCGUUGACAGACGUGGGCCUGAAUGAGGAAGAUGUUUCCGUGCUCUGUACUUUCUAUGUUGUUCAUGGUCACAGCUGCGAAUUUCGACGUGACGUGGCAACAGUAGUGCCAAAGGCAGACGUUCAGAUGUUGAUCCAUCGUGUUGUGCUGGACCCUUCAUUGAGGGCAAGUUUGCUGAGAGCUGUGCAGCUUGCGGAAGGUAAAAGAGCUCCACAGAAAGAGAUACAAAAACCAGCAACCUCCAUACAACUCCUGCUUUCUAAAUCCAAUCCAACAACUGAAUAA